UGGACCAAAUUAAAUAUUCUUUUGUUUUUGGGGUAAAAAAUAAAAAAUAAUGAAAUGAAUGACAAUUUUUUAUUUCUUAUCUUACGGUCCAAGAGAAUAUCUCAAUUUUCUUUGAGCGGCCAAGAAAAGGGGAAGAUUUUGCAAUUUUGAUAAAGUUCAGGGAGGCGAAAAGCAAAGCAAAACGAAAGUCUGCGGUCCGUCUGUGUCUCUGUCUCGCACUCACGGCUCAAAAAGGCGGUUUUCCUGGGGAAGAACCAGCGACGAAUCAGAAGGAGGAGAAAGAAAAAAGAGUUUGAAUGGCGAAAGAAGAUGAAUUUGAAGAAUGGGACAAAGAUUUCUGGGACCAAGUCAUCGAGGUUGAAGAGCUCGUAAAAUCUUCAUCUUCCAUUUCUUCGGCUUUCCCAAACCCUUCUUCUCAACAACAACAACAACCCUUUCUUCUUCACCCUCCUCCUUUCUCUUCUUCCACCACUUCCACUUUUUCCUCCUCUCAGUAUCUCUCACACCCACCAUUGCCAACACACCGCCAAGAAGCUCCGACUUUGAUAGCCGCGGCUCCUUCUUCUUCUUCUCAUUGUUAUCAUCAUCCCCUCAGCUACUCUCCCCCUCGGGAGCUCUCUCAAAGAAUCGCCCCUUCUUUCGGAGACCCUGUACCUCGUUCUUCCAAUGGCAUUGCCAAUUGCGCUCCUUCUUCUCUUCCUUCUGCUCCCUCUACUUGCCCCUCUGAGAUUGAUAAAGAACUUGAAAUCGAACGCUUAAAGAGGGAGCUGGGACGUGUCUCGAAGCAUCUAUCAGAGUUGGAACAUGAGUGCUCCAAACUAAGAAAGGAGAGAGAUAAGAAAGAGGAACCACAUGAUAAUGUUCAUCUGAAGAAUGCCAAAAAAGAUGUUCUUUGCCAUUCAAAGAGUACAAAUUUGGAGAGUGGAGCCCUUACUCUGGACCGUACUGGGGUUUCUCGACAAUUUCAAGAUGAUGUAUCUUUGAGUAGUAAGGAUGGCUGUCAAGUUGAUAUUGCCACAUCAACCUGUAAAGGCCCAGGAAUUCAAACGAAUGAAGCGGAUGUUUGUGCCCAAGUAAUCAUAAACAAUGAUCUACCUUCCUGCCAUGAUCUCUCCAAGAAGUUGCUAGCCAUUUGGGGUCGUCCAAAUGACGAAAAGAUAGGAAGAAAUUUGAUUUCAAAUCUACUUGUUUCUUGUGAACCAGAUUUUCAUGACCUCUUUGGCUUCAUUGGUAUGGAUUUUCCUUCCAAAUUAAGAACAGACUCUCAAGCAGAUAGGACCUCUGGAAAUGCAUCUAGGCGUGCUUUAGAAGCUGCUAAAGUAUCUCAUCUUUAUUCUGUGUUGAUGAAGAUCAAUAAUGGAAUGGUAGAGCUACAGGCUUUGUUAGAACCAUUGCUUGAUCUUUGUUAUCUUGAAAAUGUCGUUAUUGUUCAUCGAUGUCUACGAAUAUUGCAUGUGUUUUUGAAGUAUCUGUUAAGUUUCAAAGAGAAAUCUGGAGGAAGGGAAAAUGUCAUGGUUGAGAGACUUUGUUCGGGGAUUAACAGUCCAAAUCCUCAUAAAUCUGAAAGUGCGGAAAAGGGAGAUCUGCUUGUGGGCAGGGAUGGGGCGUCUUGUGGUGGCUAUGAUCCACCUCUAACUACUUUCCUUGAUGCUGAAUCUUUAUACAAGAAGGGACAGGGGAAUCCUUACAUUGCAACUUCAGUUUCUCAUGUAGACUGGGUUUGUCUCUUUGAAAAGGUGCUUCAAAUUGCCAUGACGAAUAUGGAAGAAUUUGUGAGACUUGAGGCUGUUUCUAUUAUGAAUGUGAUUCUGAUGGAAAGUAAUGCAUAUAUGGAGAGGGACAAGUUUGGCCAUACCCUGGUGUUUGAAUGUGUCUCACAAUUACUUACAAAGGAAGCUGGCUUGCAUGUGCAAAAGCAUGCCAUGCAAUUUCUGUAUCUGCUGCUAAACUACCUACUGGUCACAUUCUGCUCCGGUUGUACAGAGGGAGAGCAUGCUACUUUUCUGGAGGAUAACAAGAAAAACACUUCAGCUUCACAGAAAUUUUCUAUCAUCCUUCAGGGCUUGGCAGACUGUCUAGCAUGCCAUGGAAAUGGUUUAGAGGGGUUGAAACUUCGAAGGAAUGCUAUUGUCUUGCUAGCUUUCUUGGCCUCGUCUGGAAAAUCUGGUUUUGAAAUUCUUGUGCACCACAGGCUUUUUAAAGAUGCAAAUUUUUUAAUGCUCAUUUUGCAAUUAUUGGUAUCUGAGAUGGAUAUGGAAGAAGGCCCAAAAGAGAAAGAGAUGGACAUGGAAGAAGACUCUAAAGAAAAAGAAAUGGACAUGGAAGAAGGCCCGAAAAAUGAAGAGGUGGACAUGGAAGAAGGCCCAGAAAACAAAGAGGACAUCAAAUCAGCAGAACUUUCUAAUUCACCAGAAGUUUCUAAAGAAAGAACUUUGCUGAUAAGGGAGGCUCUGAUACUUCUGAACAGACUUGUCUCCAGCCCCGCAUAUUCAGCAACUGCAUUGCAACUGUUAACAGGAAGUAGAGAUAUGGCCACUUUAACCAUUGACAUUGCAAACAGGUUAUCACGAAAGGAUAGGAGGAGUUGGAAUUCUUUUAAUGGCAUGGAGAGAAUGAUGAUCAGGGAUUCUGAAGUUGUUAAUUUGGCUCGAAUUUUCAAGAAAAGGGUGUUCACAUAUUUGGGAGAUCAUAUAUCAUAAAAAUUUGUAUACUUUUUUCAGUUCAAAAUUUUUUGUAAAUUUGUACGUAGCAAACAUUAGUCAUCUUUACAAGUGGAGGAAGCCAGUGUUAAGUGUUAAGCCACCUUAACACCUCUUUUUGGAACAUAUGAGCAGUUUUGGUGUUAAGUCGAGUUAUAUUACAAAUUUUGAAUUGUAAAUUCAUUGUUGAGAAAAUUGUAUUUCUUUUAUACUAAAAUUAGUUUAAACUAAAAAGGGAAGCUAAUAAUAAUAAUAGUAAUGAAAGCUCACUUUGUUCUAUAAAGUAGAGAGGAACUAAUUACUGUAAACAGCUAGAUCACAUUUUCCCCAAAAAGGUAACAAUGUUUAGCCAAAAGAUUAUGAAAGCAACUAAAAAAAGCAUGUUCCAAUGUAACAUUGCAAAAUGUUCAUUCAUGAAAAAAAAAAAAAAAAAACCAAAAAAAAAAAAAUUUGAUGGCAAAGAUUUAAUCUCUAAAAAGACUGUCCAUGACCAAUAAGUAUGGAUGAGAUGUGCAUUGAAUUACUUCUUUGAUGCAGCUUAUAAAUUUAGAAGUCUUUCUAGUUAUACAAGUGAUUUUUCAUUUUUACUUUUAUUUAUUUAUUUAUGAAUGUUGUCGAUAAUUGCGAGCCCAACUCCUGCCCAAAUUCAGCCCAAACAAGACCCAAUCCUGGCAAGGCCCUAUUCAGCAUCCCAACGGCUUGAAUAAGUAUCAGAAAUUCAAAUUUAAACCCGAACCCGAUAAUACUCUUAUAAAUGGAGCACCGUAGUCUCUCCGUAGCUCCUGAUAGAAAAACAAGUAAUUUUGCUUUUCUUUUUCUUCGAAUUUAAUCAACUCCUCCUACAACAGCUACUCAUCUCCAUUGCCUUCUGAAUAUCCACAAUGAAUAUUUGAUGUGGUUUUAACAUGGAUCAACUUCUUGAUUCAGUUGCAGUGAAGAGCAAGACCUCCUUAGACAUUGCCUGCAUUAAACAACAGCAACAACAACGAAGAGUGAAGUCUCUGAAAGUGUUUCAAUGGAGUCGCUUUCUGCAAAAGAUUGAGAAGCUCUGCUCACCAACUGACCCAUCCUCAAGCUCCACCAAUUCGUAGCUUUUCGCUGUCUCCAGGUCGGUUUUCUCUGCCAAUUUCGCCACCGUAUGAAUGACUGUGUCUAUUUUUAGCUGUCUGUGAAUUCUAAAUUUUUGUGAUUUUGGAUGUUAUUUUUUUAUUUUUUUUAUUUGUUAUGAAUCUUGUAAAUGUUGCUGUUUGAUGAGUAUGAGGGCCUUUUCAAUUUAGACGAUUUGGGAAAUAGGGUUUGAAGAAAGUCGGAUUUUAGAUUCCUUUCUGUUAAUGUUAUAGUUAUUUAAAUUAUAAUCGAGAAGACUUGCAUAUAGCAUUUAACUGCUCCUAUUCUGUUUGUCUGUGCUGUCUGGUUCUGUUAGUCCAAGCAUAAUUUUGCUAUCUUCUUUCUCUAAAAUUUUAAACCCUUUUUGCUGCUUAUUUAUUUAUUUUUGAAUUAUUUUCUGAAAACCGUUUUUAUUGAAUAGUAUUACUCUUUCCUUAAAGUGAGAAAUAUGCUUCCUAAGGGAGUUAUUCUCCGGAAUUUGUAAGCCUGGCCGAUAUUGUGUUGUAGUUAAUAUUUACUCAGACAAGCACUCUAUCUGUAAUUAAUCAUUUGCAGGAAUCUUAACCCAUCGCAUGAUGUCAUCAGUCAAAGAGAUUACAAUGAAAAAUGCUACAAAAAGGUGUUUAAUGCCUCUUGGAAUUUUAAAUAUGCUGAGCCUGAGUAUUGACACAUUGAGCAUCAUCCCUUAUCUUGUAAUUUCUUAGGCAUUUCUGAAAUUUAUGACAUGUUGACUCAUCACAGAUUCUUAAAUUUUUUUCACCAAUUGUGUUAUGGACCAAAUUUACUUCAAGCCAGUACAACAUAAUCGCUUGUUUUUUCUGCAUUCUGGGAUUAUUACAGGGUAUGAAUGUAUCAGCUCUUUCUAAAGUUGUGAUAAUAUUUUUAUAAUAAGAACAUUUUCCUAUAAUAUACAUAUACAUAUAUAUAAAUGUAUAUAUAUAAAUAUAUAUCUAAAAUAAAAAUGUUUAUUUUUAAGGAAUUUUUUAAAAAUAUGUAUAAAUAAGAAGGGAAAAUAUUUUAAAAGUUAAUUACUUUUAUGGUUUUAUUUUUUUUUUUAAAAUACGAAGGGAAAAUAUUUUAUUAUCAAUAAAUUUGGUAUUGAUAAUUUACUGGAACAAACCACUUUACACUCUGACAAACAGUGUCAAAAAGAAGGGCAAUUAGAAUUUUGCAACUAGAGAAAUCAAAAAGAGAGAAAUUAGAGAGAGUGUAAUAGAGGAAAUGUAGAAAGAGAAGAGAGUGGAAAGAAAGUGGAGAGAGAGAGAAACUAAGCAAAGGAUGUAGAAGAAAAAGAGCAGAGGAAAAUAAGAAAGAGAGAAAGGUGGGGAGGAGGGAAGAAGAGAAAGGAGAAAUCAGAGGGGAUGUCGUGAGACAUUGAAGAAGGGAUGUAGGGAAAGAAUGUAAAGAAGGAGAAUGUAGGAGAGGAGAGGCAGGCUGUUGGGAGAUGAGGGGAUAGGGGUGAGAGAGUCUGAUUAGAGAGGGAAGAAGUUUUUGUCCUUCUUUUUUUGUUUCCCCUUUUAGGUUUUGAUAUAAUUAUCAUGUAAUAUCUUGACUGUACUUUUUUACAAUAGAUUCAUUUCUCUCUCAACAAAGAACUCAAAAUAGUUUUGAUAUAAUGGCCAUUCAAUAUCUUGAAUGCAUAUUAUAUUUCAUUUCAGUUUCAAUUUUGCUUUAUUUUCAUUUCAUUCUCAACAAAGAACUCUAUUACCAAGUAGAAAAUAAAAAACUCUGAACAGAGAACUUAAAAUAGUUUGAAGUAACUAUUAUGCUCAAGUUAAAUUCGUGAUCAAAUUUGGCACUCUGGAUGGUCAUCAUAAGAGAAGAUUUAUACAUAAUAUACUUCUCAUCAUUUCGUUUCACCCUGUAACAAACUUGAGCUCAAAAUCAAAUUCUUUCUCCAAACUAUUCUAGAAAUGUACUUAUUUCCAACAAAAACAAAAACUGGGGAAAAUAAAAGCAUUCAACAAAAGAAAGCUCUUUACACGAAGUAAUGCUAGUAUUCGUUACAGUUUUAGGCGUUCCAUAUACUUUGUAGUGCAAACUAGCUUUGUUAUGCAAACUAGUUCGUAUACAUCGAUUGCACCGCAAACUAUCUUCUUUUUUAGUUUUUUUACAAAGAUUGGUCCUUGCAAUAUAGAUUACCUUUAUCCAAUGGUAACUUUUGAAUCCAUUUCUUCAAGUAUUUACAGUAAGACAACCCAUAGCUCCUGUCUCUACUUCAAUUACUGUUAGAGUUGGUGACUCGAAUUUUUGUUGAUUCAAUCCGAAAAGCUCGCAGUGCGACCCAUUUGGUGAAUAUAUUUUGAGAGAAAAAAUGGGCUCUGUGUAGGUAGUGGAGGUCGAGGGCUGAUGGUGCGGGGGUAGCACUACGGACCUUUUCAAUUUUUAAGUUUAUUCCGUCCGUACAAUAUAUAUAUAUAUAUAUUUUUAGGAUUUUUUUUUUUUUUUUUUCUCUCAGAUGUAGGAGUUUUGCAACCCUAUUUGCUCACCUUUUUUGUACCAAUCUUCAUUAAUAAAAAAUUUGCAUCUCUUUGUAGUAGUUGUUUCCCAUCAAGGAUUUUCCACGUAAAUCUGUAUGUGCUUUGUUUUAUUUUAUUGUUAUUGUUUUUUGUUCUAACUUCGCAACAAUUACUUCUAAGUUCAUCAAUUCAUCAAAGCCUAAAAAAUAUUUAGCUUUUUAAACCCAUUACAUUUCUCUCCAUUGUAAACCUGAUAUAAUUUAAGUUGGGCAAGAUUCUAAAAGUGGAUCAAUCAUCAUUUAAGAGAUGAUCUAGAAGUGUAUCUUUUUUCAGCUUCUCAAUGCUUAUUUGUCCACAAGAAGAGCAUCACAGCCACAUUCCUGCCAUGUAUUGAGUCUGAAUCUUCUUCUCUUUUCAUAAACUUGCAUAACAUAGUGUUUUAUGGAAUUGGGUUGAUCGUUUUGACCCAUGUAUUGAUGUCUUUUAGCUUUGAAGAGAUCAGGUAACUUGCUUUUCUUGCAUUCUCAACACUGCAAGCGAGUUUGCAGAGAGGAUCAUGGAAACCAUGUGGAUCAUGGUGCUGGAUAAGUAAGAACUCAUAAACAAUGUCUUUUAGCUUUGAAGAGAUCAGGUAACUUGCUUUUCUUGCAUUCUCAACACUGCAAGCGAGUUUGCAGAGUGGAUCAUGGUGCUGGAUAAGUAAGAACUCAUAAACAAUGUCUUUGGUAUUUUUGGCAAUGUCUCACAUCACCAUCCUGCAAUAUGCGUCACAGGCUUGGCAGACUGUGAAGCAUGCCAUGGAAAUGGUUUAGAGGUGGCCAUCCUCUUUUGGAGUAUAUUCAAAUUCAUACUGUUUUAUUGAAGUAUUUAUAUAUUUUGAAAUUGUUUUGUUGUUGGGCAUUGAAACUUCAAAGGAAUGCAACAUUGCUGCCUUUUCCUGGCCUUAUCAGGCAAAUCUGGUUUUGAAAUUCUUGUGCACCACAAGCUACCUAAUGCAGAGAUGGACAUAGAAGGAGAUGCAAAAGAAUAAAGAAAUUUAUGGAUUUUUCUAUUAAGGGAGGCUCUGAUACUUCUGAACAGACUUGUCUCCAGCACUGCAUAUUCUGCAUUUGCAUUGAAACUACUAACAGAAAGUAGAGAUAUGGUCACUUUGACCAUUGAUAUUGCUAACAGACCAUCCCCUAAGGAUCAACCGAAUGGAAAUUCUUCAAAUGCCAUGGAGAGACUGACGAUCAGGGACUCUGAGGUUGUUAAUUUGGCGCGAAUUUUUUAGAAAAGGGUGUUCACAUGUUUGGGAGAUCACAUACCAUAAAAACUCUGUUUUCCUUCUCCAGUUCAAUUUUUUUGUAAAUUUGUAGUAGCAAAUAUUAGUCAUUUUUACAAGUGGAGGAAGGCAAGGUUAGCUUUAGUGACAUUAUUUUAACAAAUUUUAAACAGUAAAUUCAUUGUUAGAAAAUUGUACUUGUUUUACUCGAAAAUUGGUUUAAACAAAAAGGGGGAAAAAAUAAGGAAAAACAAAAAGUCAAAGCUCACUGCUACGGUUGUGAUUCAAUUGAGAGGCUAAGGUCAAAGUCAACAGCUGUUAUAUAUAAGCUUUAGCCAUUAAACGGUGCCGUUAUACUUAAAAGGUUGGAUAGAUGAUUCAGCAAGAUUAGUUUUAAUCUUUGGAAGCUUAUAAAAGAGGCAUGACUGCAGAAAUAGAGGAGCAGUAACACAAGCUGUCAAUUUUCCAUCAAAGGCCAUUUUUCUUCUUGUUCUUCUCUUUCUUCUUGUGACCUCUUGCUCAUUGUUUUUCCUCUUUCUCUUGGUAUUAAUUAGGAUCAUUCUGGGUGAGUGAUUUGUGAGAAAGGGAGAGGUUGUAAAGGGGUUUCUGGAUUGGUUUUUGGAUGUAGAGAAUCUGUAUAAAUCAAGAGAAAUUGCUGCAAUGGUGUAUUUGAUCUUUGUUCAUAGUGCAAGAAUUUCUUGGAUAAAGUUCA